CGGGUGACGAGGCUCUGCCCAGCUGGUGUUCCCACUCCGGUGCCGCGGCCACCUAGGACCUGCCGCCAACUCGCCCGCCGCCGCCGCCAGCCAGCCCGAGCGAGCCUAGAGUGGCGCGCUGCGAGCCGUCCCCUCGCUUCGCGGCGCCAAGUGCAAGUUCCAAACAAGGCGAGAAGCGACCCAACACUUCGAAAACUAAUAGAAGGCUUCCCGUCACUUGAAGGAGCCACAUGAGGGCGGCUCCCAGGGUGCUCUCGAAGCGAAAGAGACGAGUGCCGUGCGUGUGUCUGUCUGCCCACCGCCGAGACGAUACCGGGGAAAAAGAGCGAGAAAAAUAAGCAGAACACCACAUGAGAAGUCCUUUGCCUUAGCUCACCGGCGUGGAAGGAAGGCCCGCUCACGGCCGAUUCCCCACCAGCGCAUCGUAAGAGGCGCUGUGAAGAUAACAAAGGGUUGGUACGAAACUUGCUUCAGCAUAAAAAGAAAAAAAAAACUUGGGAAGAAAAAGAAGAAUCAUAAAGGGGAAUUGUCCUGAAACUUGGCUACAAACGAUACAAAAGAGAAGGAAAGACAACCUUCGCUCAUCUCCUCCUCCACUUUUACCUCUCCCCCUCCUUCUCUCCCAACUUUUCCUUCUCUUUCUCAUAUCCCCACCCUGCUCCUCCUCCUCUGUCUCCCCUUCCCCUCUGCUCUGGUAACAACCAUGAGGGGCGUCACAGCUGGUCUCCAUCACCCACUCCUCCUCCUCCUCCUCCUCCUCUUCCUGAUCCUUCUCGUCAGCCUGCCAGCACAAGGACGGGAGGAAGUGAUCACCUCGGCCAAAAUCACAUGGGGCCGUGAGAACACCAACAAGCCUCACUUCGCGGACUUGGGAGAUACUAACGUGACGGCCAUGGUGGGGCAGCGGGCGCGGCUCCCAUGCACGGUGCUCAACCUGGACAAGCGGGACGCAGCGACUGUCAAGGUGUCGUGGAUUCGCCAGAGGGACCUUCACAUCCUAACGGUGGAUAUUUUUACCUACACGAGCGACGAGAGGUUUAAGGUCUUCCACCCCGAGGACAGCAAUGAGUGGCACUUGGAUAUUUCGUCUGUCACCUUCAGGGAUGCAGGUGUGUAUGAGUGCCAGGUGUCCUCCAGCCCGAAGAUACACCUGCCUAUACACCUGCACGUACAAGUGCAGCAGGCGAGGGUACAAGGCCCCUCCGAGGUGUUCCUGCAGGAGGGCUCCACCAUCAAGCUCACGUGCAUAGUCAACACUAGGGAGGAAGACCAGGGCUCCCUUGCCUGGUAUCGGGGCAACACUGAGCUCGACUACGACUCUCCCAGAGGAGGCGUGAGCGUAGAGAUCGAGAAGACUCCCACUAGAACCACCUCCAAGCUGUUCCUCACCCGCGCCGCGAAAGCUGACUCCGGCAACUACACCUGCGCACCUCACGACGCGCAGCCCGCCACAGUGCACGUCCACGUCGUAAGAGGCGAGGAAUCCGCUGCCGUACAGACCGCCAGUUCCGUUCCCGCAAGAUGUGAUGAGCAACUCUUGUGUUGGUGUGUGUUGCUGCUGUUGGCACACAGGUGACCCCAGGCUUAGCUGAAGCGACGCCAGCCCGCCCACGCACCGAUCGACACCCGUAUCCCCUCCCCGCCUCGCCUACAUCCCCACCUCUCUCUCUUUCUCCAUCCCACUUCACUCCCAAACUUCUAGUGCAUCUCUGGAGUGUGUGUGUGUGUGUGUGUGUGUGUGUGUGUGUGUGUGUGUGUGUGUGUGUGUGUGUGUGUGUGUGUGUGUGUGUGUGUG